AUGGCAAAUGCAAAUACAUCGGCAUCGAUGCUUCCCUCAGAUUCUUCUGAGAACAGGGGAAUCCAUAUGGCAGAUUCGAACAUGCAAGCUACUCAACCUUGUGUGAACCAGCAAACUCGACCCUCUUUGGAUGGUCCUGUAGCUAUCCUUUGGGAUAUUGAGAACUGUCCUGUCCCCAGUGAUGUCCGCCCUGAAGAUGUGGGUGGCAAUAUCAGAAUGGCUUUGCGGGUGCACCCUGUUAUUAAAGGAGCUGUAGUGAUGUUUUCUGCAUAUGGAGAUUUUAACUCCUUCCCCAGACGACUGAGAGAAGGCUGCCAGAGGACUGGUGUUAAACUAAUUGAUGUUCCAAAUGGUAGAAAGGAUGCUGCUGACAAGGCAAUUUUGGUCGACAUGUUUCUUUUUGCUCUUGACAACCCUCCGCCUUCUUCAAUUAUGCUUAUCUCUGGGGAUGUGGAUUUUUCUCCAGCACUUCACAUACUUGGUCAACGGGGAUAUACUGUGAUUCUUGUUAUCCCUUCUGGGGUUGGUGUCUCAUCUGCCCUUUGCAAUGCUGGCAAGUUUGUUUGGGACUGGCCUAGUGUGGCUCGUGGGGAAGCUGACUUUGCUGGGUAUUUCAUGGGGUGCCGUAUAAAUGACAACCAUGAUGGCCAGAAUGAGGAAGAGGCGAUAGUAUACAGAGGGCUCUCGCAAAGAUAUUACAACUCGAGAGAUUUCUCUUUAGUCUCACAGUCUUUAUCUGAAUACAAUAGUAGUUCUUUGAUGACUGUGCCUUGUUUACCCACUAGUUCGAGGUCACUGUCUCUCCCAUCUGGUCUGAGUGAAGCUUCAGAAGGUCCUGCUUCUUAUGAUGAGUAUUAUUCUACUAUGUGGGUACAGCCUGGGGACAUAAAUGGUCUGAAAGCUCAGCUGGUAAAAUUGCUUGAACUUUCAGGAGGAUGUUUGCCUCUUACCCGAGUUCCCCCUGAGUACCAGAAGAUGUAUGGACGGCCUCUUUAUGUGUCAGAGUAUGGGGCAUUGAGGCUUGUUAAUCUUUUCAAGAAAAUGGGUGAUGCAAUGGCAAUAGAUGGCAAAGGCCAAAAGAAGUUUGUCUAUCUUAAAAACUGGAAAGCUGGUCCAAGUGCACCUCCUAUAACUCUAGCAAGGAGGGAUAAGACAGGAAAGGGCCCUCAGGAGGAGACUUUGGACAUUGUGACAGGUGGUGGCUCUUCAGAUGAGCUCUCAGAUGAAGAAAGAGUAGCAAAUGAGGAACAGGAGGGCAGGAGGAACCAAGAGAAGACGAAUUUGGGCACAGCAGCUCGAUAUGAAGUUGAUUACCCAAAUCUCGAGCAGUUCAAGUUUGAGUUGCAGGAGAUUCUAGUGAGCUAUUCUUGUCGGAUUUUCUUGGGCUGUUUUGAGGCAAUAUACCAGCAACGAUACAAGAAACCAUUGGACUUCCAAACUUUUGGUGUGGAUCAGCUAGAGCAUCUUUUUGACAAGGUGAGAGAUAUUGUGGUCUUGCAUGAAGAACCAGUGAGCAAGAAGAAAUUCCUGGCUGCAGUUGGUGGCUAG